GGCAGUAUAAUAGGACACGGAGAACACCAUCCCCAUUUCGAAUCCGAAAUUUCCGAAUUCCCCAAACGAUCUCUCGUCUCUCCCAACUCACCGACGACUCCCGGCGGCGGCGGCAGCGAUGAGGGAGAUCCUCCACAUCCAGGGCGGGCAGUGCGGGAACCAGAUCGGGGCCAAGUUCUGGGAGGUGAUCUGCGACGAGCAUGGCAUCGACGCCACGGGGCGGUACGCGGGGGACUCGGACCUGCAGCUCGAGCGGAUCAACGUCUACUACAACGAGGCCAGCGGCGGCCGCUUCGUGCCCCGCGCCGUGCUCAUGGACCUCGAGCCCGGGACCAUGGACUCGGUGCGCUCCGGCCCCUUCGGCCAGAUCUUCCGCCCCGACAACUUCGUCUUCGGCCAGUCCGGCGCCGGGAACAACUGGGCCAAGGGCCACUACACCGAGGGCGCCGAGCUCAUCGACUCCGUACUCGACGUCGUCCGCAAGGAGGCCGAGAACUGCGACUGCCUCCAGGGAUUCCAAGUUUGCCAUUCAUUGGGAGGAGGCACUGGAUCUGGCAUGGGCACCCUUCUUAUUUCUAAGAUUAGGGAAGAGUACCCUGACAGAAUGAUGUUGACCUUCUCCGUUUUCCCAUCACCAAAGGUCUCAGAUACUGUUGUCGAGCCAUACAAUGCUACACUUUCUGUUCACCAACUUGUUGAAAAUGCUGAUGAAUGUAUGGUGCUUGACAAUGAAGCUCUAUAUGACAUAUGCUUCCGCACACUAAAGCUUGCCACGCCUUCCUUUGGUGACCUGAACCAUCUUAUCUCUGCUACCAUGAGUGGUGUUACUUGCUGCCUGAGGUUCCCUGGCCAGCUCAACUCUGAUCUUCGCAAGCUUGCUGUGAAUCUCAUUCCUUUCCCUCGUCUCCACUUCUUCAUGGUUGGCUUUGCACCGCUGACGUCACGUGGAUCACAAAUGUACCGUGCUCUCACAGUUCCUGAGCUGACCCAGCAAAUGUGGGAUGCCAAGAACAUGAUGUGUGCUGCCGAUCCCCGCCAUGGGCGUUACCUCACAGCUUCUGCCUGUUUCCGAGGGAAGAUGAGCACCAAGGAAGUGGACGAGCAGAUGCUCAAUGUCCAGAACAAGAACUCGUCGUACUUUGUCGAGUGGAUCCCUAACAAUGUGAAGUCCAGCGUGUGUGACAUGCCACCCAGGGGGUUGAAGAUGGCUGGAACUUUCGUCGGGAACUCCACCUCCAUCCAGGAAAUGUUCCGCCGGGUCAGUGAGCAGUUCACUGCUAUGUUCAGGAGGAAGGCUUUCUUGCACUGGUACACCGGUGAGGGCAUGGACGAGAUGGAGUUCACUGAGGCAGAGAGCAACAUGAACGAUUUGGUCGCAGAGUACCAGCAGUACCAGGACGCGACAGCUGAGGAAGAGUACGACGAUGAGGAAGAGGAAGGCGUGGCCGAGUAGCAGCGAUGAGCUCCAGUAUAUCCCUUCCCUCUUCAGGUCUGUCCAGGUCGUUUCCGCGGUGAGAGUUUGUUGGUGAUGUGUUUUCCGUGGCUUUGCGUGUUGGAUGAUGGAUGUACGGAUGACUUUGUUACUGUCGAGGUUGCGUUUGUGCUCCGUUUUGUAAUUGCUACGUAGUAGUACGUUGCAGUCUGUUUUGCUUCGCAUCCUUUGGUCGGUCAAUAGCUAAUGGCUUGAAUUGUGUUGAGUGCUCUCCUUGAGCUAGUCACCUGUAAGUUCUGACAAGUAUAAGUAGUCCUUCGCUUGGAAGAGUUCUUGGUAGUGUUUUAUUUUUCAUCUU